CCUGUCACCACAUCCGCGGGAACUCGCCAUCGCUACGAGUGCUUGCGAAGUCUGGAAGGGGAUGUCUGGCUCCUCACAGCAACCGAAAUAUCACGGCUCUUGCCUCUGUGGCGCUGUUGAGUAUGGGCUCACCGGCGAGGCCUUCACGCAUCUCGUAUGCCACUGCGUCAAUUGCCAGAAGGUCACUGGAACUGCGUUCGCGUCCAAUGUGUUCUUCAAUAAAGAGCAAGUCAGCGUCACCAAAGGCAAAGAGGCCUUGAAAGAAUACGCAGAUCCCCACACCCAAUCCGGCAAGCCGUACCGCCGCGCCUUCUGUGGUGAAUGCGGGUCUUUCGUGUUGGGAUUUCCGGAGCAGAAUCCCAAAAUUGCGAUUGUUGCAUCGGGGUCUCUGGAUGCAGAAUUCCAGGGUAAAUGGGGCCCUAGGAAGGAGCUCUUCACGCAAUGCAAGCGUCCGUGGCUCAGCGAAGGUCUCCAGAUGACAUGGAAGGCGAAGGGGAAGCUUUGAAGAUAGUCAUAGUCUACAUUUGUGGCAACGUCUCGCCCUGCCUGGUA